AGCGUACAUCCAUUUUGACUUUAACCUGCGCCUGCGCAGUCCUGCGUGUCUGACCUUCAUAGGACUAACCAUGUUCGCCAGGACCAGCGCGUUGGUGUUCUCCCCACAAUGUGGGCAGGUCAGGAACAUGGCUACCUUGAAGGACAUCACCAUUCGGUUGAAGUCCAUCAAGAACAUUCAGAAAAUCACAAAGUCCAUGAAGAUGGUGGCCGCUGCCAAGUAUGCUCGCGCUGAGAGGCAGCUGAAACCCGCUCGUGUCUAUGGCACCGGAGCUUUGGCCCUGUAUGAGAAGGCUGAAAUCAAAGCACCUGAAGAUAAGGCUACCAAGCACUUGAUUGUCGGCGUGACCUCUGACCGUGGACUCUGUGGUGCCAUCCACUCCGGUGUGGCAAAGGCCAUUAAGAACGAGAUCGCCAACCUGACGGGCACUGGCAAGGAGGUGAUGGUGAUAAAUGUUGGAGACAAGCUGAGAGGCCUCUUGCACAGAACUCAUGGAAAGCACAUCAUAAUGAAUUGCAAGGAAAUUGGCCGCAAGCCACCCAGCUUUGGUGAUGCCUCCAUCAUCGCUGCUGAACUUCUGAACUCUGGGUAUGAGUUUGACCAGGGGUCUGUCUUCUUCAAUAGAUUCAGGUCUGUCAUCUCGUACAAGAUUGACCAGAAGCCACUGUUUUCCACAGAGACAGUUGCUAACUCAGAAAACUUGGGCAUCUAUGAUGAUAUUGAUGCUGAUGUGCUGAGGAACUACCAGGAGUUUACUCUGGUCAACAUUGUCUACUUGGCUCUGAGGGAGUCCUCCACCAGUGAGCAGAGCGCCAGGAUGACUGCCAUGGACAGCGCUAGCAAGAAUGCCUCUGAGAUGAUUGACAAGCUGACCCUCACCUUCAACCGUACCAGACAGGCCGUCAUCACCAAGGAGCUCAUUGAGAUCAUCUCUGGAGCUGCUGCUCUAUAAACGGGUGGUGUCGUCGUUUCCAUUGCCGCUCUUCAAAGUACUUCGGACACGUUGUCUAGUCUAAAUGAACAUUUGUGCUUCUAUUUGUAAAAUAUAUGGAGAAAAUAAACCUCUUAAACACAAAUGUCACCUCUUCAUCAGUCCCUGUAUCUAUUUUCCUCACAAUAAAAUCUGAUGACUGAGAUUAAUUUCA